AUGCCUCGCCGAAAGAAAGCCCAGUUGGCCGCUGCCGCACGCGCUCAAGCAGGCCUCGCGAGGGCUCACCAGGCCGCCCAGAUGGAAGCUCAAGCCCAAGAACCCUCUGUGGAGCCAUUACCUGAAGACACGAUAGCUUCCGAACCUUCCCAUGACCCCUUCGAGGACGCCGAUUUUCCCGAGUCCCCUCGCGAUCUGCCCAUAGUGGAUUCCCCCGCGGCGGUAGAGUUCCCUGAAGAUGCUGGACGAGGGGAUCAGUCCGGGGAAGAGUCUGUUGAGGAGCUCGAAGGUGAUGAGCUCCUCAAGAAUCUGGAGAACGAAGCACAGUCAGCAUAUGUCAGGCUCUCGAGGCUGAAGAGCAGCCAGCAAUGGACACAGGCAGAGAACAAGAUUAGCCGGUAUAGCCCCCCGUACUCUCCGCGACAACCGUCAGAAGGCGCAUACAAAGGAGAUGACUGA